AUGGCGACUUCUGAUCCCCAAAACUUGAUGACCAAUGCUGAUAACUUAACAACGCUUAGCUUCACAAGGUGGAAUGCAGAUUGGAGAAAUGCUACUGUUCUUUAUGAGCAAGCUGCCAAUGGCUUUAAAAUUGCUAAGGAUUAUGAAAAAGCAAAAAUAGCAUAUGAGAAAGCUUCUAAGGGACAAGAGAUGCUUUCUUCACCAUGGGAGGCAGCUAAGAACAUGGAAUCUGCUGGGGCUAUGUCAAAGGAACUAAGAAACUGGACAGAAGUCGGAGCCUUUUAUCGAAGAGCUUCUGAAUUGUAUAUUGAAUGCGGGAGAUCACAACCUGCAUCAGAUGCUCUUGCAAAGGGAGCCCGUGCUUUGGAAGAUUCCUUGCCGGAAGAAGCUAUUAAGUUAUAUACCGAUGCUUGUGCAAUACUUGAAGAGAACGGAGGAGAGCAAAUGGCCUUUGAUCUAUAUCGUGCUGCCGCUAAUGUUUACAUAAAACUCGAGAAGUUUACAGAUGCAGCAUCUUUUCUGCUGAGAUUAGGCUUAGCAGCGGACAAGUGUAACGCUACUAAUAGUCAGACAAAGGCAUACCUAAGUGCAAUUAUUGUCUACCUUUAUGCUCAAGAUUUUAAGCAAGCAGACAAGUGUUACAAUGACUGCACUCAGAUUGAUGGUUUUCUCAGAAGUGACCACGGACGUUGUGCUAACAAGCUUCUUGCUGCAUUCAAGGAUGGAGACAUUGACGAAAUCAAACGUAUAACACAAUCCAGCAUUAUUUCAAAUCUCGAUCAUACGAUAGUUAGGCUUGCGAGAAAAUUGCCUAUGGGUGAUGUGAAUGCAUUGAAGGAUGACAGGGACACUACCAAAGAAGAAGAGGAACCACUGGACGAAAACGAUCUUACUUGA